AUGGCAACAGUAGAAACAUCUAAUUCCUCCUAUGUUCGGUGUGUUCAAUCUCCGCCAAUUAAUCGUUUAACAAUUGGAGAUUUAUUUGAUACACAAACGGGUGGUGGUAAACCAAAACUUGAUCGUUUACGCGAACAUCUUCUUACUGAAGGACGUCUUGAAGAAGAUGCUGCUCUAAUGAUAAUUGAACGUGGUGAAGCAAUAUUAAGAGCUGAAAAUAAUUUAAUUGAAUUAGAAGCACCGAUAACUGUUUGUGGUGAUAUACAUGGACAAUUCUAUGAUUUAAUGAAAUUAAUUGAAGUUGGUGGUUCACCAUCAACAACACGUUAUUUAUUUAUGGGUGAUUAUGUCGAUCGUGGUUAUUUUUCUAUUGAAUGUGUUCUUUAUUUAUGGGCACUUAAAAUUCAUUAUGCAACAACAUUUUUUCUUCUUCGUGGUAAUCAUGAAUGUCGACAUUUAACGGAAUAUUUUACAUUUAAAACUGAAUGUAAAAUAAAAUAUACUGAACGUGUUUAUGAUGCAUGUAUGCGUGCAUUCGAUUGUUUACCAUUAGCUGCACUUAUUGAUAAACAAUUCUUUUGUGUUCAUGGUGGUCUUUCACCAGAAAUUCAUACAUUAGAUGAUAUUAAAAAAUUAGAUCGUUUUAAAGAACCACCACCCUAUGGACCAAUGUGUGAUUUAUUAUGGAGUGAUCCAGUUGAAGAUUAUGGUCAUGAAAAAUCUCAUGAAGAAAAAUAUUUAUUUAAUGCAACACGUGGUUGUUCAUAUUUUUAUACAUUUAAAGCUGUGAAUGAUUUUCUUGCACGAAAUUCUUUAUUAACUGUUAUACGUGCACAUGAAGCACAAGAUGUUGGCUAUCGUAUGUAUCGUAAAUGUCCACAAAGUGGUUUUCCAUCUUUAAUGACAAUAUUUUCUGCACCAAAUUAUCUUGAUGUUUAUCAAAAUAAAGCUGCUAUACUUAAAUAUGAUACAAAUAUAGUUAAUAUAAGACAAUUUAAUUCAUCACCACAUCCAUAUUGGUUACCAAAUUUUAUGAAUGUAUUUACAUGGUCAUUACCAUUUGUUGGUGAAAAAGUUACGGAAAUGUUAAUUAAUAUUUUAAAUAUAUGUAGUGAAGAAGAACUUAUAACAAGUUUAUCAACUGAUCAACAAAAUGAUAAUGAAAAUCAAUUUCGUCGUGAAGCUAUACGUUCAAAAAUACGUGCUGUAGGAAAAAUGGCUAAAGUUUAUGCAUCAUUACGUGAAGCAAGUGAAAAUGUAUUAAAUUUAAAAGGUUUAGCACCUGUUUCACCAUCAUCGUCAUCAACAAAUCUUAAUGAACUUGGCGAAGAUGAAGGCGAAUCAUCGGAACAUCGCAAAGCUCCAACAGAUUUUUCAUUUACAACAGCAAAAACAUAUGAUCAAAUAAAUGAACGUAUGCCACCUUGGUCGGAUGCUGAACGUCAACAACGUUUAGCAAAUAAAAAUCUAAUGAAAACAAAUGAUGAUUCUGUUAUUGUUCAUGAUGAUAGCGGCAAUCAACAAACCGAAACAACAACAACAAAUGAAAGAGAUUCAACUACACAUGCACCUAUUCUUAUUAUACAAAAAGAAGAUGAUAAAAUUAUUGAUGGAACUGAAAAUAUUCAAUCAACUACAGUGAAACCACCUGCAAUAUCCGAAACAAAAUCUGAUUCGAUUUCAACAUCUCAAAAAUCCAAUCUCGGUGAUAAUCAUGAUGAUCUGGAACAUAUUGAAAUCAAACUUGAUAAAAAUGUUGAUGAACAAUCAACAAUCAAUUCACAAAAAGCAUCUAUUAAUAAUAAUAAUAAACAUUCCCCUAAUAAUACUAAUCCUAAUACAACAACAGCAGCAGCAGCAGCAAGUACGGGUGGUUUUUCAUUAAAAAAUCCUGUUAGUUCAUUUCGUUCAUGGGUAUCAAAUAAAAAAUCUUCAAAAGAAGAACCAAUAUUAACAACAGACCAAUCAUUAAGUACAACCUAUAAAAAAAUUGAUACAUCACCAACACCACGUAAAUCUUCGAUUGAAUCAGAUUUAUCAAAACGUAAUCGAACAAAUUCAGCAACAGCUACGACAAGUACUAGUUAUCAACAAGAUAAUAUCGAAACAAAUCCUAAUUCAAAAGGUAUUAAAAAGAAAUCGUCAUUUUCAUUACGUAGUAAUAAUCCAAUAACAUUACUUAAACGAACACCCGAAACAACAAAUGAUUCAAAUGAAACAGAAUCUAUUGAACAAUCAGGAACAGGAAAUAAUCCAUUUGGAUAUUUAAAAAAUCUUAUGUCCACUGAAGAAAAAAAUUUAUCUUCAAUUAAGAAUGAUGAUGAUGGUGAUGAAAUGGAUCGAUUAGCACGUCAAAUGCUUCUUGAUGAAGCUAAACGAAAUAAAAUUCGUGCUGAAACACAAGGAGCACUUGGAUGGCAAAAACCAACAUUGGUUACAAAUAGAAAAUUUUUACGUAAUACACUUAUUUCGAAUGCUGUACAUAAUAUUCAUAAGAAUGAACAACAACAAAAAACCAGAAUGGAUAAAAAAGAUAAUGAAUAUAAAUAUGAAAGAAAACGAUCACGUACACCACCACCAACAUCAUCAUCGAGAAAAAAACGAGAUUAUAAUGAUGAUGAUAAACGAUCAUUCAAACGAACGAGAAAAGAUUAA